AACAGCAAAAAACUGAAAUCAUUAGAAAUCAGCUUUGAGACAGUCUGGUCCCGUCCAGUCCUGAUCUACCUCCCCUCCCCUCCCCUUUUCUUUCCAUUUAUGCGAGAGAGAAGGAAAACAAUUCCUUCCUCCUUCCUCAAAAACAAGUGUCCAAACAUAUACUCAUUUUCCUUCCUUCUUCGCUGCCACCGUCCUCUCAUCAUUUACGCGUUAUGCUGCCCUUUUUCCUUUCUCUCCGACGAAAAUCAACAAUCCCAUAAAUCAAGAGACCAAGAACAGCUACUGUCUGCUUCAGAUCUGCUUGCAAAACCAUCCUUCAAAAUCCAAUUUUGCUUCUUUCUCUUUGUUUCUUCAUUUCCACCGAAUAAUGGAUUCUGAGCAGCGCCGCAAGCGGAAGCGAAUAUACAAACCGAACGCCAACUUCUUUUCUGUAAGGUCUUUAACCGUUUGCUUGUCUUUUUUCGUCUUUCUCCUCUUCAUUUCUUCAGAUCGCUCUCCUAUCCGUACUGGGUCUUUUCGCCCAGUUCUCUAUGUACCCGCUUCUUUGUCGCUUUUGCCUGCUCGUCUGGCUCUAACUCGAGAUUCCUUUGGUGCUAGAUCCCUGUCUUUGAUAGUUGAGGAUAGGGUCUUGUUGCCUGACCACUUGCUGCUCAUUGUUUCUAAUAAACUUCGUACCAGUGACAAUUUUCUGUGUGUUUACUAUAGUUUGUUCAAUUCUUCGUCUUCUGAAGAUGUGGUUUUAAAGCCUGCUAUAUCUGUAGAUGAGUAUCGUGGGGAUAAGUCCAUCGUUAGGUGCCAGCUUCCGCCGAUGAAUUUUUCUACCGCCGUUAACUUGCGGCGGACUUGGGAGGUGGCGGAAGGUGAUGGGUUGUUGCGGGGUAAUGCGGCGGUGGCGGUUCCUUCAUGGAAUAGAGUGGUCUAUGAGGCUGUAUUGGAUUUGAACACAGCGGUUGUGUUCGUUAAAGGAUUGAAUCUUCGUCCACACGAGGACUCAGAUCCAACCCAAUUUAGGUGCCACUUUAGUUUAACCAACUUUGAUAAGGGUGAAGGAUUUGUGUUCACUACCGAAGCAACCGCGGCUGCACAAGAGGUUCUUAGGUGUUUGUUGCCCCGAAGUGUUCGGAGGAAUCCAGAGAAGGCUAUGGGGAUUCGAGUGACAGUUAGCCGUGUUGAUGCUGAUGAAAACGCCAUUGAUGGACCUCUGCCUUCUGUAGCCAAAGUUUAUGGUACAAAGACGUAUAAGCGGAGGAGUUACAGUGGGAAAAAGUAUGAGCUCUGUGCUUGUACAAUGCUGUGGAACCAAGCCUCCUUUCUUCGGGAGUGGAUUGUCUACCAUGCUUGGCUGGGGGUGGAGCGAUGGUUCAUCUAUGACAACAAUAGCGACGAUGAGAUUCAGGAGGUAAUUGAUGAGCUUAAUUUGCAGAACUACAAUGUCAGUAGGCAUGCUUGGCCGUGGACUAAAGCACAGGAGGCUGGUUUUUCACAUUGUGCUUUGCGAGCAAGGAGUGAAUGCAAGUGGCUGGGGUUCUUUGAUGUGGACGAGUUUUUCUUCUUCCCUCGUCACCGUGCACGAGAUAUGCAGGGUCAGAGCUCACUUCGAACCCUGGUUGCGAAGUACACGAAUUCACCAAAAUACGCAGAGAUAAGAAUAAUUUGUCACAGCUUUGGACCUUCUGGUUUGACCGCAGCCCCAUCACAGGGAGUAACCGUUGGUUAUACUUGCCGGCUUCAAGCUUCUGAACGGCACAAAUCUAUUGUGCGCCCAGAACUACUCGAUGCAACCCUUCUCAAUGUGGUGCAUCACUUUAGACUACAGCGCGGAUACAGGUACCUGAAUGUGCCUGAAAGUAAAGCUGUAGUGAACCACUAUAAAUAUCAGGUGUGGGAUACUUUCAAAACCAAGUUCUUCAGGCGAGUUUCUACCUAUGUUGCUAACUGGCAAGAGGACCAAAACAAGGGUUCAAAAGACAGAGCACCUGGACUAGGGACAGUGGCCAUAGAACCUCCUGAUUGGCGACUACGGUUCUGUGAAGUUUGGGACACUGGUCUUAAGGAUUUUGUCUUGGCCAACUUUGCUGAUACUGCAACUGGGUUUCUUCCUUGGGAGAGGUCUCCUUUCUAACAAAUUCACGAUUUGAAGGUGCUUGCAGGUAGGCGCCAUUGUAAAACAGAUUAAUCAUACACGCAGGGUUCCAUUCUUUUGUUUCUUCAGCAAUUUUUGUAUCUUAUUUUUUUUGGUUUGUCAUAAACAUUCAAAUUACACGGUUACACGGUUGUAAAGUUGCUAAAAUAUGAAAUGAUUCUUUUCUUCGUUCUUUUGCUCCA